UUUGCGAGGUAUUUAUGUCAACAGAUUACUAAUGAUUUACCUGACAAAUUUGGUUCAUCGGACGAGAGUGAUGAUGACGAAGAUGGUUGGAUGGGUGAUGAUUUUGACAGAGAUGAUUUUGAAAUGCGUGGGUCUUUUGGAAACUCUAAUAUGCUUGAGGGUGAUCCUUUUGAAAGUCGAAGGUCUUCGUUGGGUGAUGAUUUUGGAGCUGAUAGCGAUGAUGAAGAUUCGUCCAGCCAAUGGCCUUCAUCGAAUAUUCAAGAGCACAAACAACUUCUUACUAUUGCUGACUGGUCAGCUGAUUUCCAAUCGGGUUUCAAAGCACCUAACACGACACAAAUUUCCGACUCUGCUACAACUGAUCAAUCCUAUGCGACCAAUACUUUCGUUUCUACAAAUCGGCAGUCUAAUGCUUCUUCAUCUAUUUCAAAUUUAGCACCAAAAGAAACUAAUGUUCAACAAAGCCUUACGCUUGUAAAUAUCAUUAAAGAAAAUGAAAGUGAAAAGGAUUCUGACGUGAAAGGAUCUAUGGAGACAUCGAUUCAUAUUACUUCA